AUGAAUGUUAUGAAAUCGAUCUGUUGUUGUGGCGGCGAGGAUGAUGAUGGCACUCCAUACGAGAGAUUUUACGACGAAUCAUCAGUAACUCCAGUCAGAAGAGAGGACCCUCGUUUAAAUGGGCGUGGUAUUGAUGAUACUGACGUCGCUAGGGACGCCACACGAAAGCAAAUGAAGAGUAAAGAACAGCGAGAGGAGGAAGCCUUGAAUCGGAUUUUGGAAAAUACACAACACAAUAUCAUUGAUGUAUCCCAUCUGGAUGGAAUGACUUUGAAUACAUCCGAGUACCUUGCACGCGCACAACAGUACGAGGAAGCGAUCCGUUUGCAUGACCAAAAUGUUUCGCGUGGUGUAAACAGUGCUCCUCGGAGUCCAAGUCGACAUAGUAAACGACUUCUUGAGGAUUGUGGCAAUAAAGUUGCCGAUUGGCUUGGAAGGCCAGGACCUUCUCGAGAUACUUUUGCAGAAAUUAGCCGUCUAACUGCUGAAAUGCACGAUGCUUGGUAUACAUGGACAUGUAAAAGUCACAGGCUCUAUUUUCGUCAUGUGGAAUAUCUACCUUUUGUUGCAACAAUGGUUGCCACCAACGCCGCCUUUUCCUUAACUUCAGCCAGUGCAGAAAUCGCGGGAAAUUGA